ACCCAAAGUGGCCAGCCAUUGACCCCCCUCCCCCCAUGCUGCUUCCAUCUUCGACUGCUUCGACCGCCCCCCCUCCCUCUUCCUCUUUCUCAACUCACUCAUCUCUCACUUCUCUUUGAAAUCCCCAUUCUACCUCACACCAAGACCUGCAACCAAAACAACCAGUCCAGACCAUCAAUAUGUUCUCCCCAUCACCGUUCACAAACUACUACACCAUCCUGGGUAUAUCCCACAACUCGACCAUGAGAGACAUCAACAGCGCCUACAAGAAGCUCGCGUUGAAACACCACCCAGACAAACAAGGUGGUGGUGUCGGCAACGCCAAUACCAGCUGCGAAGAAGCCUCGCACGAUGAGUUCCAGAAGAUCCAGCAAGCCAUCGAAACCCUCCGCGAUCCCACUUUGAAGCAAAACCACGACGACGCUCUCCGCCGCGCCGGCUACCGCUUUUAUAAGACCAAGCAAGACGCACAAGGCGGAGACGGCGACGACGACGAGUACAUCUGGGACUCGGGUGACUAUAGCACGCGGUACGGAUAUAACUUCCACAACAGGUUUGAGCGGUACAUGUUCAGCUACGGGAACAGCGUGCACAUGGAUCCGUUUUCGCCACAGUCGAUGGAGGAGAAGGCAAGAGCUCAGGCGGAGAUUCGAUUUGGAGAGCAGUUGAGGAGGGAGGUGGAGGAGGCGGAAAGAGUGGCGGCGGAGCGCAAGGCUGCGGGGCUGGACCCUGAGGAGGCGUAUGGGGCUGGUGCUGCAGAGGGGAGUGGUGCGUUUUCGGGGCCAACUGAUUACGAGGAGAUCCUGGAGGAGAUGAGGAAUGAGUCGUGUGUGAGAGAGAAGAAGAGGAGGGAGGCGAUGAGGGCGAAUGUGCAGAGGGAUGAGGAGAGAUUGAGGAAUGGAGAUGGGGAUGACGAUGAUGUUGGCGAUUGUGACGAGUUUGCUCGUGGUUUUGACUAUGGGACCUACUGGCGGUGUGAGAGGGUUGCGGCGUCGGAUGAUGGGGAUCGAUAUGAGGGUAGUUGGGAUGGUAGUGAUGAUGAAGAGGGCUAUGAGGGUGAGUACUACGAGGAUGAUGCGGAAGAUGAGGGAGACGGUGGGCAGGAGGGAGCUGGGGAAUACGAUGGCGAGGAUGAAGGAGACGGCGAGGAAGAUGACGAGGACGACGAGAAUGGGGAAGAGGUGAAUGACGAAGCCCAGGAUUCCCAUACCAACGAUGAUGAAGACGAGGAUGAGGAUGAGGACGGUCCAGCUCCCCAGCAACAGGCGACGAACUUCGAGACCCCCAAUGGAGCCGGUGACAACCACUCUCCCCCCAACGAGGAAGAUGGACGUGAUUAUUACGAUGACGAGGACUACUACGACCGAAACGAAGACGAUUGCAACUACAACUACAUGUGGACUUGCAAAAACGGAGAAAAGCAGGCAGCAGAUAACCUCUCCACCAGCGAACAUUCCAGUGCGUACGUGACCGCCGACGAUACCGUUACGGAAUCGCUCGGCGACGCUGGGGCCGGAAUCGGUAUCAGCCAGGACAACGACAAGUACUCAAGCUGCUCCACUGACAAUGACUCCUCCUCCUUCUACGACCUGAGUGAUGGCAACAGCUUUCCCGAUGAGACCGAAGACGUCACGACCGCCAAGCUCAGUCUUGAUAAUAUCAAGAUUGACCAUGAAUACUUUGCUCCCUUCCUCGGCCACUUCAUCGCAAAACUCUCCCAUCCCAGCGCUCGUUAUACGAGCCAGGACCUCCUCGCCGAGCUCAGGGGCAUGAUCAUGGAAGUCUACUGUGGGUGGCUAGAAGCCGUCCGUCUCAACCUCCCAGACGCUAAACCUCUUGAGAAGGGACUGGACCCCAAGGAGUGUCCGCAUCUGGGCUCCUGGGCGAAAACCCUUGGGCAGACUGAGUGCGAGACAUGCCACCUGUGGGAUCCCAUGUACACGCUCGCUUGCCCUGGAUGUGGGACCAAAGCCUGCGUGGGAUGCCGGUUCCACUAAUGUGGUCUGUCCAUAGUUGCAAGAAGCGGUUUCUUUUGUGCUUUGGGCAAGUGGGUUGACACACUAGGCUUCUGAGAUACACGGUGCAAUUGGCCGCGUGUUCCUCCUGCUUGUGGUUGCGUGCAGUUGUUGGUUUCUUUAUGCAGACAGACACUUAGUCGCUUAAGCAGUAAUGCAAAAAUAAUC